ACUAUUUAAAUCAUUAAAACCCAAUAAGUUGAAGCAGAUAAUUGUGUUUGUGUGUUGAAAUAAGAUGCAUAAUCGAUGAAACUUAAUUUUGCAAAAAGAAUAGUUGUUUAACUGAAACUGCAAUAAUGAACUAGAUCGAUAUGAGUAGGGAAGAAACAUUAAUCUGAAUGGUUAGCCAAAAUAGUGAAGCAGAGAUUGAAUUUUAUAUGUUUCGGUGUAGUUUUAAAAAAGUUGUGUCUGGUAGUGCAUGAAACACUGAAUGGAAUUGAGUAUCAGUUGAAAUAUCGGGAAUCGUGUCUUUCAAAAAUAUUUACAAACCAACAUGGGAAAUAAUGCGAGUUCAACCAACAAAAAAGUUGACUCAGCUGAGAGUGUGAAGGAAUUUUUGGAUCAGGCUAAAGAAGAAUUCGAAGAAAAAUGGAAACGAAAUCCGACAAAUACGGCUGCUUUGGAUGACUUCGAGAGAAUAAAAACUCUAGGAACUGGAUCUUUCGGAAGAGUAAUGAUAGUACAGCACAAAUCAACCAAAGAUUAUUAUGCCAUGAAGAUUUUAGAUAAACAGAAAGUGGUCAAGCUCAAGCAAGUCGAACAUACACUGAAUGAGAAAAGGAUAUUGCAAGCAAUUUCAUUUCCGUUUUUGGUUAGUUUGAAGUUCCACUUCAAAGAUAAUUCAAAUCUCUACAUGGUAUUAGAAUAUGUACCCGGCGGAGAAAUGUUUUCCCACUUGCGUAAGGUUGGAAGAUUUUCGGAACCACAUUCUAGGUUCUAUGCAGCCCAAAUCGUUCUUGCAUUUGAAUAUUUACAUUACCUAGAUUUGAUAUAUCGCGACUUAAAGCCGGAAAACCUGUUAAUUGAUUCCCAAGGCUAUUUGAAAGUGACGGACUUUGGAUUUGCAAAGCGUGUGAAAGGAAGAACAUGGACCCUUUGUGGAACACCCGAGUAUUUGGCGCCAGAAAUUAUCCUUAGUAAAGGCUACAAUAAAGCUGUCGAUUGGUGGGCACUAGGCGUACUUGUAUACGAAAUGGCAGCAGGAUAUCCGCCUUUUUUUGCAGAUCAACCAAUUCAAAUUUAUGAAAAAAUCGUUUCUGGAAAAGUUCGCUUUCCGUCUCAUUUCGGGUCUGAAUUGAAAGAUCUUUUGAGAAAUCUUCUCCAAGUAGAUCUUACUAAACGUUACGGAAAUCUUAAAGCAGGAGUAAAUGAUAUCAAAGGACACCGAUGGUUUGCGUCUACCGAUUGGAUAGCAGUUUUUCAAAAAAAAAUCGAAGCUCCUUUUAUACCACGUUGUAAGGGACCUGGUGAUACAAGUAACUUCGACGACUACGAGGAAGAAGCUUUGAGAAUUUCCAGUACAGAAAAAUGCGCGAAAGAGUUUGCGGAAUUUUGAGUGAAUCGGAAAUCAUAAAAACGAUAAUUAAAAUCAUUUAUUAUAAAAUCUGAUUCGGAUGGGCAAUCGAUUCAAAUAUCAAUACGAUUGCAUUUGGAUGGUGUUGUUCCAGUAUAACAUUUAAAGUUCUCUUUAGAAACGGCGAGGAUGAAUUAAACUGCUGUUGCCAUGUUAAUAUAGAUCGCUUAUUGCUCUAAGGCUUAUACUUCGAUGUAUGGAAAAAAUUUACCAUGAAUUAAAGAGGUGUUAUGUGCUAGAUUAGUACAUUGAACAGACAUCAAUACAUGGUUUGAAUCUAAAACAAACAUUCAAAUGAAUAAAACAUCGCGCACCUUAUUAUAAACGGCAAUGUAGGAAACUUUAUUUAUUAUGUCACUCACGUAGCCUUUAAAAUAUGUGCUGUUUUGUUCAUAAUUACCGAUUGCUGUCUAUGUAUAUAUUAUACUUAUAAUAAAUUUCUGCUGAAGAUAA